CCUCAGGCUCAACCUCACACACACACACACACCCUGCUGACUUUUUGAUUCGCACCUUGGUCUCGACUUGUUCAUCUUCUUCGUACCGACGAUCUUGUCAAGGACUUGGUCAACUUCAGGUCAUCCAACAUUGCCAUUCACUCAUCUAUCCACCUCCAUUCUUGACAACCACAACCCCACACUCGCUACAUCCCAAACACACACCAAGACGGACUCACCUCCCACAGCCCCACGGCCCCUUCAGGCAGAACCAGGGCCACAUAGGUCGUCGCCCUCGACCACACUCAUCUUCCCCUUCUUGUCUCCCUCGCCCCCCCUUUUUGACGACCUGCCAUGACUGCACCACCACGCUUGCCUUCGCUGGAUCAGCACAUGGCUUCCCUGGCCACAGAUUCACCCGAACCAGCUAGGCAUUACAACAAUGGUCACAAUGGUCUCUCCGAACCAUCCACCUCUACCCCCGAGGCCCCUCCUCGAGAAGAGACCAGGUCAAGCUCUGUCCCAAGACCACAACGUCCCGCUAUAGCACCCACUCGCUCCCGCACACGGAGCACCUCGUCCAGCAACUUCCUACACCGUCUCACAUCCAGGAACAGCGUCAUCAGCGUAGACUCACCCAGUAUCGCAGAGUCGGAUGGCUCAGGUUUAUCCGGAAAGCCCGAUCGGGAUGCCCUGUCCAAGCCAAGGGGAAAGUACAAGAGUGGGAUCAACUGGGACAGCGCCAUUCUUCUCCCUAGUCACGAUUCUCAGGCCUAUCUGGACCAAGCAUCGCCCACUCAAUCUCCUGCAGAAGAGAUGUCUUCACCCCUCGAUGAUGAAGAGGCUCGGCAGAGGCUCGCUGCUGGAUCAACUUCUGCAGCCAGGGACUACUACCGCGGACUCGGCACUUCUGCAAUGGUGUUCCCUGCACAGCAACGCGCACUGAUAGAGGCUUCGAUGAGAGCUGCAGUGUCAAACAGAGGUGCUGCUGCUGCUGGCACCUCUCGACAUGUCUCUGGCGGAGGUCACACAAAUGGACAGAUGGGCGUCAAUGGUUACGGAAAUCGCCCCUCCCAAACCCCUUCACCGCAAAUGUCCUUUAGGACUAGCCCUCCGCCGGGUCCCUCCCACGCCAGUACAUCCGCUCCCAUGUCAGGGUCGCGGUCGCAGGGCCUGGUCCCUCCCAUGUCUCGCGGCGGUACAUCGCCGCACUCUCUCGCCUCUUCUUCGGACGAGAGAGUCUCGGGACCUCGGACGGCUUCGGCUACCCCUCCGCCUUCCCAGAGGGGCGGUGAGAGGCUGACGCCCAUUUCUACGACGCACGACGAAGAAGAAGCUGGCCCUGUCAGCAAGAGCCCUGCACCUAGUGUCAAGAGCGGAAAGCAGCGACGAGGAUUCUUGGGCAUUGGGAGCAAGUCGACAGACAAGGUGUACAAGGCUGGCAAGAAUGGCCGCGCAGGCUCAGAGUCAUCCCCUCAGCUCGCAAGUAGCGAAGACGGACCGCCAAGAAGGCGCUUCCCCAAUACGAGGGAGUUGGAUGUUGUUGCUUCUGAGCUGGCAAACGAAGCGGCCAUCGAGGCAUAUGGUAUGCCGACCUUUGGUCCUCACGGUUCAUGGGGUCCUAGUGGCUCGGGCUCUCGCACACCAGUCGACAGGCGCGGUUCUGGUCCGGGAAGCAACAAUGCAGGCAUUGCACCAGGAGCCUUCAACUAUGUUGGGUCCCCUUACUCUUCCCCCAGCUCGAACAGCUCGCACAGCAACGGCAAUGGCUUCCAGCCCUUUAUGCCGCCUUUUGCCAGACCGGAUGGCCAUGCAUCUCCUACCUCUUCCAUUCACACCAGCCCCAUCUCCAGCACAGCUCACGAGUUGGCGCCAUCUUCCCGACCUGCCUUCUCGCCUAAACCUUCGGCACUGAGCAGCAUCUCGGCCACGCAGAAUGAUGGUCUGCACAAUGUGCCGAGGGAGAUGUUCAUCGGCAUCGGCGACAAUGCGUUCCCAAUUGUGCCUUCCUCUGCCAUGACCGACUCCUAUGCCGGAUCAGACGCUAGUGGCUUCCAGUCGGGGUCUGGCACGCCGCGGCGCCCUACCACGGGGCCCGGCGCGGCUAUCAGUGUAGGAAGUGCUCUUGGCCCUCCGUCGGGUGGUUCGCGCAAGGGGAGUGUCCUGAGCAUGAGCAUGCACGACCCGCAAGCCGAGACGCAGGGAUUGACCAAACAGGUCAAGUCGGGAAAGAGUACGCCUUGGGGAAGCAGAGCACCCAGUAGGAGCGUCACGCCCAAGACGUCGGCAAAGAACCUGAGCGAGCUAGCAAAAGCACAAACUGCUCAGCUGCAGGCUCGACUUUCGAAUCUGACUGGAGUCAAUGGCGGUAGCAGCAGCAGUAGCAGCAGUACUGGGUUGAACGGCGGCGGGUUCCUGGGUCGAAAAAUCAGCCCGGAGCAGGUGCGAGCAGCUCUCCCUACGCCCGUGGUAGAGGAGUCAGCCAUACCUUUUCGGACGCCCGUGGGGGAAGAGGUUCCGGGGUAUCCUCAGCCUGCCGAAGCCCUGCCCAGUGCGGCGACUAAUGCUGCUCCCGUCGGACGUUCAACGUCCUCCUCCUCCAUGCACUCCAAGACGAGCAAGAAGGACAAGCGCAGGUCCUUUUUCACCCAGUUCGGAAACAGCAAGGGAGCAUCCGACUUGCCCAUCAGCGGUAGCGUUGCAGGCAUAGCCAAUGGCAGUAGCAGGAGCAAGAGUAAUGGUCUAGCGACACGGAGCAGUAGCAACAGUCUAGCCGCCCCUGGUAUGCCCCCCUCGCUCCCCUCGAAGACGACGCUCAGACGUCGUGAACCUGACGCUGCCGGCGGUCCACAUGCCAAUGGCUCACAAUCAGCCUCGGCCUCGGCCUCUCCCGAUAGCCCUAACCCCAACGGCACCGGCAAGGGUAGCGGCACUGGCUCUCGCACCACCUCGUGGAAUUUCCUGGGACGAGCCUCUUCGCCUAGCGCGGGAGGGCGUGCGCUCAACGGUCCCAAUAGGAAAGCGAGUGGAGAGAUGAGGAGUGCAAGCGCAGCUGGCGGAAAUGGAGCUGGAGGUGGUGCCGCAGGUGCUGGAGGCAUGGCAGGAGGGGUAGGAGGAGGAAUGAAAAGAUUGAUGAACAUGUUUGGCUCUUCGGCUGGUGGAGCUGGAGGGAGAAAGAGUACAGAGGUUUCCAGGGCAGGGACGCCUGUUAGGGCUGCUAUCUGAGCGGCUGGUCUGCCGAGGGCGCAGCGAGGGCGGGGCGCACUUUGGUGGUAGUAGCAGAGACCUCCAUGCUCGCACGACCAACCCACACACAAAACCACACAGACAUGCAAACACACACAUG